CAAGGCGCUCGCUCGCGAUGACACAAUAGCACGCUGAGGCGCAGGCGAACGAAUUUCGCGCUAAUAUCAAGCAUACGCAACGUGGUGCGCCACCGCUGCCGUCGGCUAUAAAUAAACAAAAGGCAAACAAUUCUUUUGUGCCAUUUUUUAAGUGCGCAGAAAAUACAAGAAUCACCUAAAAGAAAGAAAUAUCCCAAAUAUAUAUUUUGAUUUCCAGUCAAAAGUGAAGUGAAGUUGAUUUGAAAAGCUGAAACGCAAAAGCGAAAAAGUUCUAAGUAAAAUAAAAUAAUUACCAUUAAAUAUUGUAGAUAAAAGCAAACGCAUAAACAAGCAAAACCCACAGACAUUUACGCCCGGGGAAUACUCACAAAUAUUUGUUCGUAGCCAACGGAAAAGUGCAACAGCUUCAGCACGGGUCAACGUCUGCGGGAAGCCAGCGCCAGGGGACGCAGCAGCAUGAUCUACAUUGAUGACUCAGAGCCGGAAGGCGUUCUGGAGCCGGUGUUUCCUAUGCGCGAUGUGACCAUAAAUCGCAAUGUCGAUGCCCAUAAACUGUUCGAUGUGCUGGGCGAAGUGGGACGGGGAAAGUUCGGUACGGUGUACAAGUGCAGGGACAAGACGAAUGGCCUGCAAUUGGCCGCCAAGUUUGUGCCCAUCCCGAAGCGCGAGGACAAGCGGAAUGUGGAGCGAGAAGUGGAGAUUAUGAAUUCGUUGCAGCAUCAUCUCAUUAUACAAUUGUAUGCGGCAUACGAAUAUCAGAAAAUGAUGUGCGUCGUCCUGGAACUCAUUGAAGGCGGCGAGCUCUUUGACCGCGUGGUGGACGAUGAGUUCGUCCUCACUGAACGCGUCUGCCGCGUCUUCAUCCGUCAGGUGUGCGAGGCCAUGGCCUUUAUUCACGGCAAUGGCAUUGUCCAUCUGGACCUGAAGCCCGAGAACAUCCUGGUGCUUACACAGAAGGGAAACCGCAUCAAGAUCAUUGACUUUGGCCUGGCACGCAAAUUCGAUCCGGACAAGCGUCUCAGGGUGCUCUUUGGCACACCCGAGUUUGUGGCUCCGGAAGUUGUGAACUUUGAUUGCAUCUCCUACGGAACGGACAUGUGGAGCGUCGGGGUCAUUUGCUAUGUGCUCAUCUCGGGUCUGUCGCCAUUCAUGGGCGAGAACGACAUUGAAACAAUGUCAAAUGUAACCAUCGCGAAAUACGAUUUCGAGGAUGAAUGCUUCAAUGGAAUAUCCCCGGAGUGUCUGGAUUUCAUAGCCAAGCUGUUGGUAAAAGACUUGAGUACCCGCAUGGCAGCCGCAGAUUGCAUGAAGCACAAAUGGCUCCAGCAGCGGGCGACCGCGACAGCCACACCAAUAGCGAAGGGAGCCUCAUCGGCGUCGAAGACACGUCUGAAGUCGCAGUCACCGACACCAGCCGCCUCUGAGUCCUCCGAGGAGUCCACAGAGACCAUCGAGGACGACGACGACGACGUAGUGGAAGAAGUGAAGGCAGCUGUGGAAACGGGGGAGGGCGUAAGGAAGCUGGAACAGGACCAGGACCAGGACGAAGAGUGCGAAGAGCUUGCCAAGCUCUGCAGUGCCGUGGACCUGGAGAACAAAGAGCUGGAUGCCACCAAGGAUAACCUCAAGAAUUUCAUUGUGCGCUGGGAGACGCAUCCCAACAGUCCGUACGUCUUCGAUGUGGAGGGCAAUGUGAUUGCGCCCCUGAACGAGACGAGCUAUCCGCACCCGCGACGACCCCAUGGCCAGGACAGCAUCUCCUCGUCCCGAGUGUGUUCGCCCUCGCCGUGCGAGUCGAUAGCCACGAUGACGGACGACGAGCAAGGCGAGGAUGAUGCCCAGCAGCCAAAUGAGGAGGAGUCGCCUUGUGGCGACAACGAGAGCCCCAGCUCCGUGUCGACGCCCAUCAAUGAGUCGCGAGAGAAACUCUUCCCGGUCAUGGGCUCCUCCAACCCCUCCACGCCCACGCCCCAGCACCUGUUCAACGAGAACUUCGACGAGUUCUCCGGCAGCGAGUCGACGGCCCAGCAGCAAAGGAGCAUGAAGAGCUAUCUGCACACAUUCGAUCGCCGAAACUCGGACACCACCUACCUGCUGGGGCGCCGCAGCUCCGGGGAGCGCGUCAAUCUGGCUGACGAGAUCCGCAAGCUCUCUGACCAUCUGCUCAUGCUAGCUGAUAUCAACACGAAGCUAGGGGACGCCAACCACAACAGUAGCAACAGCGGCACCAAUGAAGCACCUACCCCAGCAUCGCCCCAGCCUACUCCAGCUGGUGCUGAGAGCAGUACAAGCCGCACCUCCGAGACUAGCCAGGAGGGAAACAAGUGGACCAGUCGCGCGACCAGCAGUAGCAGCUGGAACCGGCCCACGCCCAGGGGCGGACUCCUCAGUGCCGCCAGCAGCAGCAGCCAGAGUCACACCAGCUCCGACGAUGGACAGGGCCAGACCAAGGUCAGUUCGCUGUCCGUGCGCCUGCAGCAGUCAAUCGAGGAGACUCCAAAGCUGAGCAACGGCAAUGGUAGCGGGAGCACCUGGUCCAAGUCCCAGGUGCAGUCCUUACGCAACCAGUCCACGUUGAGCACGAUGAGCAGCUCCAAUACCCGGAGCAGCACCUCAAGCCAGCAAGUACAAAAGUCCUCAGUGGCCACCACCUCGAAGGUAAUCUCCAGCAGCAGCACCACCAGCAGCAGCAGCAAUAGCCAUCACAUGGUCACUGAAUCAGCCAGCAGUCGACGGGCCAAGUUCCGCAUCAAUCAGAUGAGCCGCGACGUGCCCGUUGGACUGCCCGACACGCACCAGACGGUGAAUCUAGAGGAGGCGGCUAACACCACCAAGGACUGCCUGCUGCAUCUCCUGGAGAAGUACAAUGAGACAAAGAUACGCAACCCCAUGGGCCGGCAUCAGAGCAUCAGCGUGGACUGGCAUAUGAGCGACAAUCUGGAGUACCGAUCAAUGAGCUCCAUUAAUGCCUUCUUCCAGCGGCACAACCAAACCAAUGCCGGCGGCCAUAAUGUGAAGAACAUACAGGCCCAGCUGGAGGAGAAGGCGGCGGGGAAGUAGAGGCAGACACACUGCAUACUGCAGACUCCACUGUGUAUAUAUCUGAUGUAUAUGUACUAUAUCUAUACAAAUAUCGGCUAAAGCGAGUGCUCAUCUAGUUAAACGAAUCUAGUUAAAAUUACUACACUGCAAAUUAAACAAAGAUUAAUAUUUAUGUAUU